AUGGCUCAUUGUAAUCCUGCACAUACCCCUGUGGAUACCGAAGGGAAGCUCAGUAGCUCUUCAGGGGAACUAGUUGACGACCCGACAAUAUAUUGCAGGCUUGCUGGGGCAUUACAGUAUCUCACAUUCAUACGUCCAGAUAUCUCGUAUGCCAUCCAGCAAGUUUGCAUGCACAUGCAUGCUCCUCGGAUGUCUCACUUGCAUGCUCUAAAACAUAUUCUUAGGUACGUUAAAGGAACCAUUGAGAUUGGCAUAUACUUGCAUCACAACUCGGUUUCCACUCUCACUGCAUGUACCGACACCGAUUGGGUCGGAUGUCCUGACACACACAGAUCUACAUCGGGCUACUGUGUGUUUCUGUGUGAUAAUCUAAUCUCAUGGUCAGCUAAACGUGAAACGAUCGUGUCUCAUUCUAGUACAGAGGCAGAGUAUAGAGGCAUCGUAAAUGUAGUUGCAGAAAUUUGUUGGCUCAUAAACCUAUUUCUUGAACUUCGUCACCAUCCGAUACGCACAUCUCUCGCUUAUUUUGACAAUGUCGGCGCCAUCUACAUGUCAGAAAACCCAAUCCAACAUUAG